UGCAGAGAACAGCGUGCGGCGCCAGCAGACAGUUCCAUUUGUUUAUUUACCUAUACAUCUUCCGCCUUGUCGUGAUUAGAGAUUUUGCGAGAGUGGAUCAAAUUCAGCAGUGCGCCCAGCUUCUUCAAAGUACUCAAACCCUUCUAGUUGUCUGACUUUCUAUAACUAUGGAGUUACUCUCGGACCAAGGGCUCCGGCUGGACGGAAGACGUCCUGAGGAACUGAGGAACAUCAGAUGCAAGCUUGGAGUGUUCAGCCAAGCUGAUGGGAGUGCCUACCUAGAACAGGGCAACACCAAAGUCCUGGCCACAGUAUACGGACCUCAUCAACCAAGAGGUCAGUCAAGAAAUAAAGCACCUCAUGACCAAGUCUUUGUAAACUGUCAGUAUAGCAUGGCAGUGUUCAGCACCGGUGAAAGAAAGAGACGGCCUCGAGGAGACCGUAAAAGUCAAGAAAUGUCUAUCCAUUUGCGCCAGGCUCUUGUAGCUGCAAUCAGAACUGAAUUGUAUCCUCGCAGUCAGUUGGACAUAUUUGUGGAGGUUUUACAAGCUGAUGGAGGCAAUUACUGUGCUUGUGUCAAUGCUGCUACUUUGGCAUUAGUGGAUGCUGGUGUCGGUAUGAGAGAGUAUGCAGUUGCUUGCUCUGCAAGUUUAGCAAAUGGCGAAGUUGCACUUGUGGAUGUUAGCCAUUUAGAGGAAUCAUCAGGUGGCUCCAACCUUACAGUAGCCACUCUUCCUGUUUCUGGCCAGGUUGCUCUUAUGGAAAUGUCACAACGUUUCCACUCUGACCACUUACCUAAAGUGCUGGAAAGAGCAAUCGAAGGCUGCAAGGAUAUUCAUCAAAUUUUGGAUGGUGCUGUCCGUAAACAUGUGGAAGAAACUGGACGAGCAAGUGGAUGGGGACAAGUUGACAGAGCUGGUAUAGCACUUUAGGUACAUUCCCUUUUUUAAAAAUUCACUUUCUUUAAGUUGUCAGUUAAUCUAAAAAAUGAAAAAAAAAUUAUAGGGACUAUUUGACUAUCA